CUUGCGGACUAGAGGGUAAGUCCGAAGUCACUGGAUCGAUGAUAUUACAGUCGGCCCUGAGGGUGUUUCUGGUAUCUAAGAACAAGUGUGUCAAUUCACUGGCCUUUUUGAGUUCAUCCUUGGAUAUAUCGUGGGACGGAGUUUGCGUGGGUGUCAAAGGGGUACGUUUGUUUUGGAUGACUUCUUCCACAGUAAUGUCCAAGUCAAAACCAGCACCGUGUUUCUUUCUGGGUUUGACAUCGUUGUACUGUUGUUCUUGCUCUGGGUCAUGCUUAGAUUUAGGCGAAUUUUUCGAUGGUUGUCUGUGGAGUGUCAGGUCAGGUGUCGUCACUCGUGAUAGUCGUAGUUGUGAAGCCACCGAAUUACCCGAUGCAAGACGAGUAGCACCAGGCUGGGACAUAAUUGUGUAGUUGGAUAAGCAAUAACAGGAGUGUGUGUUGCAAGAAUCCCGCUUUUUUCUAGUGCUGAUAAAUCAAAAAAAUUCCGUUGCCUCCAACUCACUCGUCUACUUUCCCCAAAACAUUCCACCGCUAUGUCAAUUCAGUUCGUGAAAUCCACUAGUGAUUUCGAUGCAUACUUGUCUUCUAACAAGUAUUUGGUUGCUAAUUUUACCGCAAGUUGGUGUGGCCCGUGCCAGGCUAUAAAACCGAUAAUUGACCAAUUUUACGAGAAUGAAGAAUAUACCGGGGUCGAGAUUGUUCGUGUUGAUCUUGAUGCCCAGAAAGAAUUGGCAAGUAGAUAUACCAUUACUGCAGUGCCAACAUUCGUGUUCUUUGAAGAUAAGAAGGAAAUAAGCAGGGUUACAGGUGCAAAUAUCAACGCUGUGACUUCCCAACUUAACACCUUAAACACCAAAGCUGUGCUGCAGGGCGCGAAACGUAGUGGAGGCUCGUCUGUUAGUGUAUUAGAACCUGGUGCUGGUAAGGAAGUCAAGCAGUUUAUUCCUAAGGGGUACACUUUAUUGAACACCGCCAUUGACUUUGGAAAUUUUGAAGCGUUGAAUUCAAUGAAGUUGUACGAAGGUGAAGUAAAGGACAUUCUCAAGAUUGACAAUGAAAUCAGUGGUGUUUGGUCUGAUGCCGAUUCACAAAUGAUUUUCUUUAUUCCGUUAUUGAAUAUUUGUAAAGUAUAUUCAAUUUUAUUUAAAUUAAAGAAGGGGGAAAAGUACUCUACUGAAGGGUUAAAAAUUGAUAAAGAAGAUUUGCAAUCAGAAAGUCAAAUACCCAACAUUGUUAAAAUCUGGCCAAAUGUCCAAUCAAUUAUUUCAUUUGAUGAAGCAUCAAACGGUAAUGCAGCCCAUUCUGAAUCAGUGGAUGUAGACAAAAUCAAGGAUGACUGGUAUGAAUUUAAGUUAAAAUUUGUUAGGUUUCAAAAUGUCCAAAACUUGUGUGUUUUCUUAGAUGGUGAUGAUGAAGAUUUCCAUACAGUUGUGGAAAAGAUUGUACUUGUGGGUGUUAAUGGAGAUGCUAUUAAUCAAGGUACUGUUCAAAGUUUAGGUGAAGAGUAAGAGUCGUCUUGUACAGAUAGGUUAGAAUUAGAUAUCUAUAAGUAAACUAUAUUCAAACACCUUAAUCUGGGUGAGUUCUUUAUGUUUAGUGUAUUAUGUUAAAAGUAGAUUCACCCCAACUUACCACAGCGCGGAGAAUCCUAUUCUUAUCCCCGAGAAGCUCGCCAAUAAACCUCCGAAAAAUCCGGAGACAAUUUCACCUCUGGUUUCCACAACGUGCCGAUGUACGACAAGACAUGCAAUGUCAAGUGCGAUGAUAUUUUCCAGAGGUAUACGACACAUGCUGGAAAACAAUAGACGAAUCAUUUAUCGUUACUGGAGUGACUUCUCGGAACUUCGGAUAAGUUUUUCGUCCGCGUGUACUGCAUACUCCUAUAGUUACUUAACUAAUACUAUAUGUCAACAUACAAGUAAUAUAAUAAAAAAGAAAGUUGAAGACAUUAUGUUAACGAAACAAAAUUAGUAGUUAAUUGGAG